CUACCUUUCCGUCUGACAUCUCUGACAUUCACGAAUCCAAACAUGACUUCAAAAACCAGCAUUGACCUGUACACCGCUGGCACUCCCAAUGGCCACAAGGUACACAUUGCCUUCGAGGAACUGGGUUUGAACUACAAUGUUCACAAGAUCGAUAUCUCCAAGAACACUCAAAAGGAAGAAUGGUUCUUGAAGAUUUGCCCUAAUGGACGUAUUCCUGCCAUGGUUGACAAGACUUCUGGCAAGGACAAAAGAUUGUUCGAAGGUGGUGCUAUGUUGCUGUACCUGACCGACAAAUACGACAAGGAGAACAAGAUCAGCUUCGAUCACGAUAGUGAUGAGUAUUGGGAGACUGUCGAGUGGAUCGUCUGGAUGCAAUCUGGUCUUGGACCCAUGCAGGGACAAGCAAACCACUUCUACAGAUAUGCACCAGAGAAGAUUCAAUACGGCAUUGACCGCUACCAGACCGAGACCAAGCGUCUAUACCAAGUCCUGAACGACCGCCUGGAACAGCAAGAAAAGGCUGGUCAAGGUCUCUGGUUGGUGGGUAACAAGUUCACCAUUGCAGACAUUGCCUCCUUCUCCUGGGUAAAUUGGGGUGCCUGGGCUGGCAUCGAGACCAAGCCUUUUCCUGCCAUUGAGAAGUGGAUGGAGGUCAUCAACGCCCGUCCCACUGUUCAGAAGGCUGUCAACAUCCCCGACGAGUUUAAGUUGAAGGGAAUCAUGGCUUCCAAGGAGAAGUCUGAGCAAUAUGCUAAGGAAGCUAGUGCUUGGGUCAUGAAGGGCCAGGAGGCGGACCAGAAGAAGCAUGCUUAAAGAAAUGGAUGAUGGCCACAAGACAGUAUGUGGUAGCCCUAACGAGACACAUAUUAGCUCAUACAUAAUGAAGACAACAACAAAACAGCAGAAUGCUUGACCAGCUUCCAAGCC